UGUUCAUUCCAAACAUGGAAUGGAAUCGUAGUUUUCUCCAUUAAGAUUCGGUGUACGGCACAUACAUUAUGUUUAAUUUACAUUUCUCUUGAAGGAAUGAUUUAGAUUUGUGAAAAAUGGCAUAUAGGUUUCACAGUUUUCUUUUGUGUUUGGUAUGUGCAUCAGUGCUGAGAAAGGAACAUGUGUCUGCAUUUCUCUGGCAACAGUCAUGUGACCAAAUAUACGAAUACAAAGCUCUGUUGACAAAUCUCCGAAAAUACCCAUGUAUCAGUGAUACACAGAUUUGGAACAUGUUACUACCCUUAACGUCUAUAAGUGAUACCUGUCUACGACAGCUGAUUAGAAACUACGCUGCAUACACGCAAUCUCACAGGGACGCUGGAAAGAACUGUCGAUGCACCCAUGACUUUUCUCGUGAGGUGGCGCGUCCGUUAGGAAAUAAUCUUGACCAUAAAUGGGAAUGUGUUACCUUAAAUCCAAAUUGUAAAUAUUUGUUUAAUUACUUCUAUUUACGAGGAGGCCAAACACACGAGGUUUCAAGAUGCCAGCCUCAUUACCACGUUUGGACACAUCUAAGGGACAUUAAAAACCAUCCCGGAUCAGACCAACAAUCGGAAUUGAUAUUUCACCUCAGCCAAACAUAUUCAAACGGACACGAAAAUGUUUGUAAAUGCCUCAGAGUUCAUACGACUGUAGAUGUUAAAACAACAACAACAACAGAACGUUCACUGGCCAAGAUGAGUACAGAUCCUCCAAAAGUAACAGAAAGACAUCUAGUCACUACCAAUCUCACAAAUCCUUCAACAAGAGAACCUGUUGUCCAAACGUCAUUACCAGUUGUCAAAACAGACAGAUAUAACGCCGAUUCAAGUACAACCGUAACUCAUGCUGACAAAAGUACAACUAAAACAUCAAUACCAUUUAGAACAACUCCUACUGCGACACAAGGACCUGCAACUAAUUCCUCCAAAGCGAUUCAGUCCACUCAGUUGCCAUUAAACGUCACGUCGAAUUGUCAGAAGUACAUGUCAGUGUCAAACAUAGCUGUUGGAAAGAUUUCAUCACACCCGUUUGCGUAUCUUUGCCCCUCUGGGAACCGAACUUCAAACGAGGCGUUUGUGUUAGCGAAUUGCAACGUGGAUUCACCUGCACACUGGAUAGAAGGACCAUACGUGAUGAAAAAUUGUGACCGGAUACCAACCUACACUCCAUUAGCAACAUUUGGAACAGAAUACCUCGGCAUUCAAGAACAUGAGGGCCUAUCAGGGAUUUUUCCAGGAUGUAUACCAGGCGGUUUUAAGAUGGCAUACCAAGACUGUGACACUAGCGCCACGAUCAAACACAUCGAGAACGGAAACGGGUCUGGAAUUGAUGAUCCUAACAACUAUUUUGUCAUUGUUUAGACAUCUCUGUCACAAAUUGACAUACGGGCCUUAUUUUAUCUGUAG